CUUCACUCUCGGCGUUGUUUUUGUAACUAAUCACGCGAUCAGCUUCAGACUCACCUUUCUGUGUUAGCUGGGGUCAUCAACGAUAAAGACCAUGUCUAACGUGAACAACAUGACUGAUAAACUCCAAGCACAGCUCAAAGUUGCCGAAAAUGCAUUCGAGAGAAGCGACGACUACCAUUUCAUAAGGCCUAUUUACACUGUUGAGUCCGUUGAGUACCUCCUCAAAGAGGUUGGAGCUCUUUCUAGUGGCCGCAAUGCUAUUACCAUACUUGAGCUAGGUUGCGGAACAGGAUUGUUCACGAAGACUGCAACGGGUGUUUUGGAAGAGGCAACAGCAGCCAGCUAUCACUGGUUUGCGAAUCAACAAGCUUAUCGCGAGAUGUAUCGUGUAUUAGAGCCCAAUGGGAUGUUAGGAUUUAUAACAAACCUCCCAAGCGAGAUAGAUAGCCCACAAUGGAUGCUCGAUGCCUACAAACUUGUGCACCAGGCUUACGAGAAGACCCAAGUGCCUUUCGAACAUGAUUGGAAGUGGAAAAAAGUGUUAGAAAAUUCAGGAUAUUUUUGUAAAGUUAAAAGUCACUUGCAGUUUAAAAAUUUUCAAAAGCUCACCCAAUCUCAAUGUGUCAAGCAUUUCCUCUCGUAUGGAGGAGUAAUUACAGCAAGUAAUGAUGAUAAAGACGCAUUUGAAAAGCAGUUUCAUGAUAUUCUUAAUAAAAAUUUUUCCAAUAAUGGCAAAGAAUUUGACGGUGUAAACCACACUGUUGAAAUAUAUACCAGCAAAUCAAAGAAAACAAUGAUGGAAUGA